UUUUUCACUUUUACAACAUGAAACUAUUUGAGGUUAUCUUACUGUUAUCAAUUGAAAAUCUAAUCCAAAUAUGGACGUAAAUAAUGAACAUGUUAGAGCUGUAGAUUUAUACAGAGAAACUCCAAUUAGAUACUUGGGUUACGCGAAUGAGGUUGGUGAAGCUUUUAGAUCAAUAAUUGGAAGCAAAUGGGUAAAUUUUUCGUAUGGAGUUGCUACACUUUACGUUUUAGCAGAUACAACAGACAAGAGUAUAGCUGCUUAUAAAACUUCAAAGAAUGAAAAAAAUCACAUAAAAAAAGUUACUUAUACUACAGCAGAUACCUUGAUAUGGCAAUUGAUGGCAUCUGUGGUUGUACCAGGCUUAACGAUAAAUAGAGUUUGUGCUGUAUCAAAUUUUUGUUUGCACAAAAUUCACAAACUACCGAUUGCUAAUAGAAAAUGGUUGGUUACUGGAAUCGGACUCGUAACGAUUCCUUUCAUUAUAAAACCUAUAGAUUAUUAUGUAGAUGUAGUGAUGGAUAAGAGUUUAAGAAAAUAUCAACCCGAAUAAUCAAAUUUUAGAGAAAGCUCAUUUAGGUAUGAAUCCGUAUGAAGAAUAUAGAACCAUCGUUUAAAGUAGCAUUACUUUGAGCAUUUUUGAUUUGUUAAUAUGGAUUGGAUGAAUAAUUAGAUGAAUUUUGAAUAAUUUAAAAUUAUUGUUAGCGCCUUGAAGUUUAUAAAUGUUCGAAGGAUCAGCAAAUUAUGAACAUAGUUUUUUUUUAUGUAUGUAUUUGUAACUAACAAUGUUUAAUCAGUAUUAACAAAAGCCGGUUCGAAUGUCACUUGUCAAUUGUCACUCAUCUUUCAUAGAAUAAAUCAGAUCAGGGUUAUCCAGCCAACACAGAACUGUAUUAUAAUUGUAAUGUUGGUUGCCUAAUGUAUUAAACCUAAAAAAUUAUGUAUUACUAUAUUAUAUAGAUGUUUAUGACCAUAUCGCAACCUUUUCUUCAGUUGUUCAAAGUCUUCAAUUUGGGCAGCACUUAAAUUCACUGUUUUCUCCUUAUCGACCAACUAAUAACUCUAGCGGCUGCUUCCAACUGUUUUACGUUAAAUUUUGGAGCCUUCACUCGAAUAAAAUUGCCAAUAUUUUUUUGUUUUGGGUUGUGUUUGCAGUUUGCAGGAUAUUAUAUGUUCGCAUCUUCUUGUCUUCUACUCGAGUAUCUUGUGAUCUGAUUUCCCAUCAUAGUCAUCUUAUUUUCAAAAAUCCCAUUUCAUUUUCUCGUUCAACGUUGUUAAUCCAUUCUUUGUAUUCGAUUUGAUUGUUUCGUUAAAAAUUGUCAUCUUAUUCUUGAUAUCAGAUUUUAAAAAUGAAAUUUUAUUUUCGACAUCAGCGGCAAUGUCAAUUUUCAAUGAUAAAAUAUCGUUCUUCGUGGUUCUCAAUAUUCUUAUCUAUUCUAGUAGAAAUUGAAGAGCUUAAGGUGGAAGCUUAUAGAAUUAUUUCUGGACCAAAGAAGUCACUUCCCAGUGCCACUUCCGGAGUCUUCACUCUUCUCACUGGAUUUGAUGCACAAAAUGCGGGAGUGAGUAGAUGGCAAUAAAAUAUUUCUGUGAUAGAAAAAUUUUUCAUACGAUCCCUCAUUUCUGAGUAAUGGGCUUUUAAAGUUCCGAAAUCAGAUCUCAUAUUUGAGUAUAUUUUUUAAAUUAUACAAUCGAACAUUAUGAAUUUUAAUGGCCUGGGGUGGCUCAUAUCCAAUGGUUUACAAUCCGUAACUUUUUAAGGAUAACCCUUACAAUCUAAAGAUGAAAAUGAAUUUUUUAUAUCAUUUAGGAAGUGGGGAGGGGCUCUUACAUACAUAAGCCUCAUGUAUCUGCGAUUGAGGAAUAUCACGUAACAUGGGUGGGAAAUCAUUUUGGAGAAAUUCUAAAUAUAGCUGAUCAUUCAGGUUAUUAUCAAGAAAAUGUGGAUAUAUUAAUAAAUUAUUACCAACUAUUCCUGUCCAUAUAUUAACACAAGAUCCAUGUUGAUUCUUUGUUUGAAUUGUACUGUGAGGAUUUUCAUCUUCACCUAAAUAUAAAUUAUGGGAAUUAAUGAAACUGUCUUGUGUGAAACCAGCUUCAGCUUCAGUAAACAGUAUUUUUCCAACAAGUGCAUUAUCCAUCUCGUCUAUCUAUAAUAGCUACAAAUUUUUUUACUUGAAAAUUUACUACUGUGCGUUCUUACCCUAGUCGGUAUGCAACUAACGAUACCCUGCACCCUAUUUUCCGUUAUGAAACCAGUAAAGCAUUUUAUACUUUUUUGAUACCUUGAUUAUCAUAUCAGAUAGUUAGAUAUAUAAUAAAGCAUGUAAAAACAUGUCGAAGAUAUUGAUAUCUGUCUAUGGUGAUAAUUUAGUAAUUACACAGAUUAUAAGUAAUAUAAGCUAUUAAAAAAAUGGCAAUUAGUCGCUAAAAGAAAAAUCAAUCGUCUUCGACCUCAUAAACAAAUAAAAUUUUGAGAAAAGUGGAUAAACAUAUUCGUUCAUUGAGGUAGUGGAAUGUUGGCCAAAAGACUUGAAAAAUGAUCAAAUGUUUUUCUUCUUUGAAUUAGUAAUUUAUACCAUAUCUGAAAAUCUUAUUUCUUCCGUUUAGAAUGUAUAUUUUUAAUGAACUGAUUCCAAAUUAGUUCGGACUCUUUAAAGAUUUCCAGAAAUAAUUUUUUGUUUAUUUCAAUUAUUUCAAUGAAUCAAACACUUGGAGUAGACAUGUUGACAGAAGUUUGAAAGGUUGGGUGCAUGGAGCACUACUAACCAUUAGUCUCAACUGCGUUUCUAUUUUUUUUUUGGAGUGCUUCAGGCGAAUAAUAAUCUUAUGAUUUUUUUUUAUAAUUUUGUUGGAUAUUAAAUGCACAAAUCUUCUCAAAGGAUCUAUUGAGCCCCCUUUCUUGCUGCGAUAAUGAAGAACCCAGUAUUUACAGCUGAUCUGUUAAUCCUACUCCUCCUAGAAAGUUCAGAAUGUGGGAUGACAGAUCUUCAUCUUCUGUUCACUUCUCACAUUUCAAGAGAAUGAGGUAUCGUUCUAUACGCAACAGUAUCUGCACAUCGUAUUACCUGCCAAGUCUAGCGUCUUAAAAUGCCCAUUGGAGUGACAGUGCCCCAAUAAGACUCCCGAGACUGUUAGUAUAUUUUCUCUUGUUAUAGCUUUCCAGAAGUGUCUUUGCCUAUCUCAACCUCUGGAGGUUUCCCAGUAGCUGGUUUUACUCUUAUCUACUUUUAUUUCCAAUGUUUUCUCUAUUAUUUUGUAGCUGAUACCACGCAAGGGUUCAAGUCCAAUGAAGAGUUUGUCUGCCUCUACUUUAACUGAUCUGUCAGCUAUUUUGUUCCCUCCGUUCUCAAUUUGGUUUGGAUUUUAUGAUACAUAUUGCAUAAAUUUCUACUUGAAAAAUAUUUGGUGUGUCGCCCAGGCUUUCAGAGUGUUUAGUUCUGGGCUCGUACAGCCCUAUUCCAGCUCUGUGUGCUGCUUUAUUAGAAUCUAUGUACCAUUUGAUGAUAUUUCUGUUCAUUUCUCGUUUUUCAUGGGCGGUUUUUGUUUGGUGAUUUUGUAUCUAAACAUUCUGAGUGAUGUUAUUUCUGCCAGACUCUCCAGUACUAUGUGCAAGCCAAUGUCAUUAUUGGUCUAACAAUUGCCUUGCAUAUCCACAGUAAAAUCGUUGGGUUACAACUCCUAUUUCUCCCUGUACAGUUUCUGUACACCAUCAGGAUUUAUUUUAUCUAACACUUGGUAACAGUUUUCACAAUAUUACUCGUGAACUAUUACAAAAAAGGUUCAAGUUUCUGGUACAUAAAGGUGGUUAAGCUGACUUUAAAAUGAAACAAAAAGCAACCUCCUUUUAGUUAAUAUUUGAACGAAAUAUAGGAUAUAUGGAUGGGAUGGUACGUUUUCUAGUUGUUACUUGGUUGCAGAUAUUUCCUAUGUGAAAAUUACAAAGUAGAUUAUGUAUUCAUAUAUUGAUUGUGAAGACGAUUUGAAUAUCGAUUAUUGAUAAUUGAAGAUGUUUUUUAUGAAUAAACUUUUUUUCAAAA